AUGGCGCGUGAUGAAGCCGGAGGCUUGCACAGCACCGACGAGGAGAAUGCUGUCUGUACGGAGACGACGCCGCUGCUGCUGAAGCCCGACUCCGAGAUCGGAGCUCCUGCGGCGAACGAUUGCCCCAAUGGCCUGGACAAUGAACAGACAAUCAUUGUUAAGGAGUUGUCCUUGACAAAACUGGCGCUCAUCAUGGGCACGGCCUGGUUUGGGGUCUUCCUGGGAGCCCUCGACUCGACUGUCAUUGCGACACUUUCCGCCCCGAUCUCGAGCGAGUUUCACUCAAUGAGUCUGCUUCCGUGGCUCGCCACAGCAUACCUCAUUUCCAACGCGGCCUGCCAGCCGAUUUCUGGCCGGCUCACCGACAUCUUUGGGCGCGGUCCCGGCCUGGUUUUUUGCAACCUCUUUUUCGCCGCUGGCAACCUCAUCUGCGGCCUGGCCACGAGCCAAUACGUUCUCAUCUUCGGCCGGGUCAUCGCAGGCAUCGGAGGCGGUGGCCUGAUGAGUAUUCCGACCUUCCUGGGCUCCGACCUGAUCCCUCUACGGAAAAGGGGACUCGUGGGCGGUAUUGCCUGUAUCUGGCUCGGGUCUGGCUCUAUGGUCGGCGGCGUCUUUGGCGGACUGCUCAACGAUUAUACGACCCUUGGCUGGAGACUUGCUUUCUUAGUUCAAGUGCCGCCCAAGCAGUCCGAUAGGUCCUAUCUUGCACGGAUCGAUUUCCUCGGCGUUAUCCUGACGUCUUCGUUCUUGAUGCUAUUGGUCUUGGGGCUAAACUCGGGGGGAAACUUGGUACCCUGGUGGCAUCCCCUCCCAGUUUCGGCCAUUUCCAUCUCUCUCGCCCUCUUUAUCGCUUUUAUAUGGUGGGAAAGCAGAGCACUCCAACCUGUGAUCCCCGUGAAGCUGCUGCUCGAUCGAACGGUCCUCGCUGCCUGUCUCACCAGCCUUCUCGUCGCCAUGCUCGCCAUGACCUGCAUAUUCUACGUACCCCUAUACUUGCAGGUGCUCGGCGAGUCUGCGACCGGCGCUGGUUUAAAGACCCUCUCCUCGCCUAUCGGAAUAUCAAUUGGGGCUCUCGUCGCAGGAUAUAUCAUGAAGAGGACCGGCAAGUUUGUCGGGCUUGGAAUUGCGAGCGUCAUGCUCUUGAUGCUAGGCACGCUGUUGUUUUCGUUUCAGACCAAGAAUACCCCGACUGCCUUGACAACGGUGGCCUUCUUCUUCGUCGGAGGCGGUUAUAGUGCUGUGUUGGCGACAACACAGAUUGCUUGUCUCGCGGCCGUUGAUCACUCGCAACAGGCGGUUGUCACAUCGAGUACAUACUUGGCUCGAAGUCUAGGAGGCACAGUAGGAAUCACUGUCGCCUCGGCGGUGUACCAUAACACCCUCAACGCCCGGCUGUGGGAACGUUUCGGGGACGAGCCAGGUGCUGCAGACAGAAUCAGUCGCAUCCGGGAUGACAUUGGCGAGCUGAGGAACCUACCGGAAGGAUGGUACGAUGGAGUGGUUGACUCUUUUAUCGAGGCGUUCCGAGGCGUCUGGCUGACAAUGCUCGGCUGGGCGGUGCUCGCUCUCGCCUGCGUCUCCCCAAUGAAGCAACACAAACUUCACUCGACACUUGAUAGGCGGGGAGGUUAG